AUGCUUGGGAUUCCGCUGCAGUCGAAGGACUUUGUUCUCUUAGGCCGGCUUCGCGACUACCUCAUCCAUAGCCGCCACAUCCAGGCGACGGGAAUGGUGCAGUCCCGAUUUGUUUUUCUGCACACAGGGGAAAUGGCACCUACGGUGCGCUUCUCCCGACAUGAGGUGGAAGCUGUGCAGUGGGUGCCCUUGACCGCCUUCACCGCGGAGAGCGUCGCUUGGGGAUCCGUUUGCCACCCUGUAGGCUGCUUUGUGCAUACAUCCAACGCCGACUCCAGGCUCCUGCUGGCGGAGGCCUUUUCGCACACCUACUUGGUCUUCCCAAGUGUGCAGCUUCCCGGGCAGAGGCGUCUGCGGGGACUGGCACUGCAGUCCGAAAGCGAACUGCUGUCGCUGGAUGACAGGGCACCUAUCGACUGGCCACUGAUGUCAUCGAACAAUCCAUGGCUGCAGCACCUCGUCCUUGACACGUUUCACGGCUACCGUAAGGUAUGCUACGCCUACCACCACGUGAGGGCUUGA